CAGAAGAGAGAGAGAGAGAGAGAGAGAGAGAGAGAGAGAGAGAAUGAGUUCGAGCUCCGAUUUUGAAGACGAAUUUAGCUGGAAGUUGAAAAUCAACGGCUCUGAUUGCGACGAAACGGUGAAAUCACCACCGUCUGAUGAUGAAUUUCGGGGCGAGGAUGACGAGGAUUUCUCUUUUGCUUGUAUAGCUCCCGAUGAAUCGCCGAUUUCGGCCGACGAUGUGUUCCAGAACGGCCAGAUCAAGCCGAUUUACCCGUGGUUCGACCGAAGCAUUCUCUUGGCCGGCGAUUCGGUGGAUUUGCCUUGUCGGCCUCCGGUGAAGAAUGUCUUUAUCGAACCUCCUCCUCCGCAGGCGCCGGCUAAAGGAGAUCUGGAGUCGUCGUACUGCGAGUGGUCCGGCAAAGCCGUGGAGGCUUCGCCGGAGAUCUGUAAGAAGUGCAACUCCACUGGAUUUUCGAAGCUAUGGAGAUUCAGAGACUUGCUCAAUCGGAGCAAUAGCGAUGGGAGAGACACGUUCGUGUUUCUGAAUGGUUCGGCUACCUCGCCGGAGAAGAAAUCUGCCGCCGGAGAUGCCAAGGCCAACGGCGCCGGAGCAAAAGUGAAGGGGAAGAAGAACAAAACGGCGUCGUUGUCGCCUCAUGAGUUGCAUUAUGUGAGGAACAGAGCGGUGAGGGAAGAAGAUCGACGACGGUCUUACCUACCGUACCGGCCUGAGCUCGUUGGGUUCUUUACUAACGUGCGCGGUGGGCAUACAAUAAUUAACUCCAUUACACCCAUAUUAAGCACAAUGUUAAUUAACCUUUUAUUUGUUAUUUUAAUUUCAUUUAAUUUUUAAAUUUUUAUGUAAAAACUUGACUGAGUUUAGGAGGGUUGUUUGGUGUUUGGAUUACUAGUUUAGAAUAUUUAGUUGAUUAAUGUAUGAUGAAGUUUUGUAAAUUAGCUUGAUUCAUUGGUUAUGAUGCAAUUAACAUAUCAUUAUCGUAUGAA